AUGGAUCCAGUAGUACGCUGCCUAAAUUACAUACGUGCAAAAGCUCUUAACGGACGUCAAUUCAGGGUAUUAUUUGAAGAAGAAUAUGGAGAGUUACAACUGUACUGUGCUGUGCGAUGGCUUUCAAGGGGCAGCAUGUUGAAACGUUUCUUGCGAGAACAGAUGUUGCAAUUUUUAGAGCAGAAAGGGGCUUUACCAUUGGAAGUUGAUUUACUGAAGAAUACAUCCUGGUUGAGUGAUCUUGCAUUUCUUGUUGACUUUACGAAUUACCUCAAUAUUUUGAAUCUCAAAUCACAGGAAACAGCAGAUGAGCAAGAAACUGCUGAUAACCAAAAAACUGCAGAUGAACAAGAAACAGAUGAGCAGCCUUUAUGGUCAAAUAAAAGCAAAUGUUUGGAAAGGGAUGUAGAAGGUACUGCAGCAUUUUUAAAGCUCAAAGAGAAAUUUGAUAAAAAAUGUAACGAAAAAAAAACUGACAAAGUCCAAUUAUAG